AUAAAAGGGAAUGGGAUGUCCAUCCUGCGCAUCAGUCGUUUCCCGGUUGACCAAGGAGAAAAUACUAACGCAAUGAAGUGCUUACUCGCGAUCAUCUUAGGCGUUGCCUUCAUUGCCGUUGAGAGCAAGGUUGUGCCAGCCAGCGGAGAUGAUCCUCAGGAGACUCAGCCUCUCCAGAUAUCCGAUCAUAUCAGGGAAGCUCAGAAUCUCAUCAACAACCUGGGUGCUCAGAUACAGCAGCAGCUGAACUUGCCUAAUCAGGAAGAACUUGUUAACACUUUCAAGGAGCAGAGCAGCAACCUUGCUACCAAUGUCCAGGCAUACAUCAGAAACAUAACUGAUGAGGUGAAGAACAAGACUCCCGAAUUGGAAACUUUGUGGACAAAUGUAAAGACAAGGCUCUCCGAGAUGGUUGAUAAACUAAACGUUAAUCCAGAGACCACGGAACAGGUGAAUCAGCUACGUUCCACGUUCCAAGAGGGAAUUCAGACACUCGUGACGGAAUCCGAAAACGCUGCUAAGAGUAUUAGUGAAAAUUCUGCCAUAGUUCAAGAAGGUAUUGCUAAGAUGACCAAACAGGCAAUUGAUAUCGCUGUGGAGGCUUCUCAAAACCUGAAGAAUCAGUUGACUCAGCAUGCCACGACGCCUCAAGCAUAAAAUAAAGGAAUAUCAUAUAAAUUAUUCACCCACUUUUGGACAGUCUUGAAUAAACAUACGGUUGAAAAAUCGAACUUUGAGUUAACCAGUAUCUGUCAUAUCUCAUAUCAUGUCAUAGACAGACUUAAUUAAUAGCAAGUAAUUGUUAAUAAAACCUUGGCAUAAUAACAA